UAGUUGAAUUCAGUCAACUAAAGUUCUCAAAUCCAAAGAAAUGGCCACAAACACUUGUUUUAACCUUAAGAUGAGUUUCUGCUGCCUCAUUGUUCUUCUUUACUCUCUGAACGCAGCUGGAGAAAGUUGUAUUAGUUCCAUGACGAAAAAGAAUCUGGGACCUGCAGCAACAUGUCUAUUCCAACUGGACAAGGUUCUAAAGAAAGGAAACGAUGUGAGCGACACUGUUGAAUUAACGCUAAGUAAAGCUCAAAAGUACAUGGAUGGACAGUGUCCGAUGACACGAGCGCCAAGUCACUAUGAAUAUUACUGCUGCUCCAGUACUAUACACCUGAAAUGCGUCCAGUGCUGUUCCGGGUCCCGUCCCAAGAGUUCGACACUGUAUUUCCAAAGCUCGAAAUCUUCUAAAACGGUUUACUGGCUUGCUCCUGUUGUAAUCGUAUCUGUUGUUGUAAUUGGCGUUUGUGUAUGGAUUCUCGUUCGAAAAAGGAAGGGUACCGAAGAAGGGGUGAAUCCGGCGCCACUUAAAGUAUAGGUUCGUUUCAAUCGGAGACCGAACUAAAGACUAGGGUGGGGAUUUGGAAUCUUGUUCGUCUUUGUAUCGUUUUCAUAUUAAUUACUCUUUUUAAUCGUCU